AUGGACAAGUUCAUAGAGGAUCAACUCCUGCCCGACUCUACAUUUCUUACUGAGAUCAGAGCAGACAUUGACGUCAUAAGUGCUUUUCUGAAGGAGAGAUGCUUCCAAGGUGCUGCCCAUCGUGUGAGGGUCUCCAGGGUUGUGAUGGGUGGCUCCUACGACGAACACACUGCACUCAAGGGCAGGUCAGAGGCCAACAUGGUGGUGUUCUUUAACAAUCUCACCCGCUUUGAGGAUCAGUUAAAGUGGCGUGGAGAGUUCCUUGAGGAAAUUCCGAAACACCUGUGCCAGUUGCAGCAAGAGAGACAUCUUAAAGGGAAGUUUGAGAUCCAGAACUCAGAACAGCCGAACUCCAGGUCUCUGAGCUUCAAGCUGAGCUCCCCUGAGCUCCAGCAGGAGAUGGAAUUUGAUGUGCAGCCAGCCUAUGAUGUCCUGCAUGAACUGAGAGACAACAAGCACCCUGAACCCCAGUUGUACUACCAAAUCUACACCCAACUCAUCCAUGAGUGCACCACCCUGGAGAAGGAGGGUGACUUCUCCAUCUGCUUCAUAGAGCUCCAGCAAAACUUCCUGGAGUACCGCACACCGAAGCUGAAGAAUCUCAUUCAUCUGGUCAAGCACUGGUAUCAACUGUGUAAGGAGAAGCUGGGGAAAUCGCUGCCCCCACAGUAUGCCCUGGAGCUGCUCACAGUCUAUGUCUGGGAAAAUUCGAAAGAAGAUUAUCAUGAAACAGCCACAGCCAAGAGAUUCCGGACCAUCUUAGAACUGAUCAUAGAUUACCAGCUUCUUUCAAUCUACUGGACAUGGUAUUAUGACUUUCAUCCUCAAGAGGUCUCUGACUACCUGAACAGACAGAUCCAAAGAGACAGGCCUGUGAUCCUGGACCCAACAGACCCAACAAGGAAUGUGGCUGGUUCAAACUUAGAGGGCUGGGACCUUCUGGAAGACGAAGCAGUGUGCUGGAUGGGUUUCCCUUGUUUUGAGUACCCUGAUGCGUCCUUUGUGUCCACCUGGGAUUUAUCGAUGAGAUCAGUGCUCUCUGGGAGUCAGACUCUGAAGGAUCGAGAACUCAAGCUUGACGUCCAUCUCUCCAGCUGUUGGGAAGCUCCAUCUGACACUGCCUGA